CAGCGGCCAUCCCAUCACUGGCGUGAACUGGAGGCCGAUUCACUUCGCGAAAGACUUGCCGCAAUCGCUUGUCUGUUGCUUGUGCCGUGUGAUUCCUGAGAGAACGGCUAUGCUGCCCUGCGCGCACUUUCUUUGCGAUUCCUGCCGCAGAGCACGACGUCAAAGUGGCCACCCCGCGUGUCCCUUGGAUGGGAAGCCGUUUGGAAUCCACACGACAUUCUACGCUGCCGACGAAAAAAGGAGCCUCCAGGCUCACUGCUGGAAUGAAGGCAACGGCUGCAAGUAUGUAGGUCCCAUCGAAGCCCUGGUGCUGCACUACGACAAGGAAUGCACCUUUCACGCCAUCCAGUGUCCACGCUGCGAACAAAGAAUAUUGCGCACAUACAUUGCAGCACAUUAUGAGGCAGGGUGCUCCAUGAAUUCCUCUUGUGCAAACGGUGCAGAGCCGACCAAGCAAGACAGCCUAUCCAUAACCUCGGAUACCAUCAACAACGCAGUCAGUGGCUUUGAGAAUAGUCUUCAACGUGGAAUUGAAAGAAUCGAGGCGAACAUAUGCUCUAAGAUGACUCAGCAGCUGAAUACCUGCCUCCAAGAGCUCAAGGCCCUCAUCAGAGACCCCUGCAGUGAUCAGCUGUCAUCCCUUCAGAGCCAAAUGAACGCACUUGUUGAACAAGGGAAGACCAAUGAUGCCUCGCAAUUGAGGAAAAUUGUAAGUGCACUUAAAGACUCUGAAAAUAUUUUGAAGGAAGGUGCGAAGAGAGCUGAAGCGAAUCUAUCUUCAAGUCUCGCAAAUCAACAGCAGUCUCUGCAAAUUGUGCUCGACUACGUUCAGCAGAAGAAUAGAUCUCCCAAGAGCGAUUGGCUCGCCGCAUCGGCCGCUUCGAGGGAGCCAGGCAAGAUUCCAUGGCGCUUGGAAAAACGGCUCAUCCUGCGCAAGCUGGAGACCUUCGCCAACGCUUCAGUGAGCACGCUGGAAUCCUUAAGACAGAGGACUGAGCCGUGGGAUGGCCAACCAUGGAUUUCAGACGUUCAGGAUGAUAUGAAACGUUCUUGUUUCAUAUCGAGCGCUUUCGGCAAUGCGAAAACUCAUUUUACGGUAACAUUGAUGCAUGCUGAAAAAAUAUUGUACUUGGACAAAGGGAACUUCGCUUCCUGGAAUCAGUGGAUAUUUAGGGAUGUACAGGUCAAAAUUUCCUGCUCCGUAAGUAGCCGCAGAGAGCCUGCAGCCUUCUUUGUGCGUGUCGAGUGCGCAGGAACCUCCGAAGUGACCUGCUUGCCGUUCACCGAGCUCGCGUUAGCGGCGACGAACAGGCGUUCUGGCGAAAUUCUUAAAUUUCGGAAACUUGAUCCAGGUGACUGCAUGGCCUGCCUCCCAAACGAAACUCCACAUUUUAUUGUCACUUUCACGAUAGGAACGACAAAGCUUGCUGAAGACGGCGUCAUCGAUGGUGGAAAAUUGGAGUUAUUUCUCGUUUUUUUCUGAAGGUGCAGCCAAAGUCUCGGCAUUUCGAUCGGUAGGGCACAUUAAUCAGUUUCAGGUGCAUUAUCUGCAGCUGUAGAGAAGUGCAAAUAUUCCCAUGAAUUGACAAUCUGCUUCGGACGGUCAGCGUUCGGCCCAGACUUAACACUGCAAUGAGCAGCAGAAAAGAAUGUUGGCCACGAGCAGUGGUAACCAGCGUCGUGUUUAGAUAUCGUGUUCCCCGAGCGAGUCCAUUGAAUGCGUUCACAGUGCACAUUUCUACCUCUGUAUUAGGCGUUACAUAUUGAACGAGUUCUGCCGGUCACAGCUCUGACAACUGAAAGGCUUUCAGCUUUGUCGCCAGCUUGUGGGAUGAACUCAUUGGUGUUAUACUGUUAUACCUAUAUUGCUACGUAUGAGUUUGAAGUAUGCGCGUAAGCUUUUAGGGUAAAAAAUGCAUGAGUGAUUUAGCUGAGUAGACGCGUCAAUAGUAAGCAUUUGCAUUCACUCAACGAAGCAGAAGCAUGCACUGCCGUGUUAAGGCGAACGCGAAUCGGCAACUGCCAAUGCGUAGUUCGAUGUGAAGGAUUAAGCGGUGUUGUGAACGUUCAGCUGUUGUGUACUGGAGUGUACUCGGAUAAAGCGUGGCAGCGGGUAAGUUGUUCGUUAAGAAAUACGUGCACAUUUUCUGUUAAUCUACUUUAAGAAUAUGACACAAUUUUCAUUCAAAUUGUUUUCUGUUUCAAGUGUUAUACUGGUCAGUUUUGUCGAGUGUUUUGAAAUCUGGGUGUUGUUUAUUUUGCCUUGCAAAUAAAAUAGUCAUACCUGCCUCAUUGAAGGAGGCAUUGUUGA